GCGUAGCUCCCGGGAUUCGCAAGCGCAACAGCGGUAUCGCAUUUUACCUACUUUGUUUUUUCCGAACUAACGGUGUCUGCUGCACAUUUAUCUAAUCGCCGAGAGCCGAGUCUUUAUUCUAUGGCCGAGUACCCUUCGCGGCUGACUCCCGAGUGCCGGCCAGUGCUCAGUGCCUGAAGGGGCAAUGCGCGGAUUGUGUCUUGCGGCGAUCAUCCUUGCUCUCAGCGCUACGUUGAGCAGUAUAACAGCGGAUGAGAGCGUAGAAGAGACUCUGUAUGGCGUCAAGUACGCGUCCAGAUGCGAAGCGUGCAAGUACCUCGCCGUGGAGCUGGAAGCGCGUCUCGGGGAGACUGGCAAAACGCACGAUGUCAUCGAGACCGGAUACACCCUAGACGGCGGGCGCAAGCGCAAGAAGUACGCGGUUUCUGAACUGCGGUUAGUGGAAUCGCUAGACGGCGUGUGCGACCGGCUGCUCGAGUACAACAUCCACAAGGAACGCAAGGAUAGCUCGCGCUUCGCCAAAGGAACGAGCACUACGUUCCGAACGCUGCACGGCCUAGUCGCCAAGGGCGUCAAAGUGGACCUGGGCAUCCCGUACGAGCUCUGGGACAGCCCUUCGGCCGAGGUGACGCAGCUCAAGAGUCAGUGCGAGGCCCUGCUCGAGCAGUACGAGGUCGACAUCGAGCGAUGGUACUUCGGCAGCCAGGAGGAGCCACUCGCCACCUACCUGUGCCGCCAGCGCGUGCUGCGCAAAGGGGAUGCCGACUGCCUGGACGACUCAUUACCUGCCAGCCGCAAGACCGAGCUAUGAGAUGCUACUCUUCAAGUGCACUGGCAAUUUCCACCUUAACUGCGAUUCUGGUGAAACCACUAUGUUGUUCAUCUGAGUCAACGGAGUAUGUGGCGUGCACAAAUACUUGAUAAGUCAAGCGGCAAGUGUGUCCUCUUAUGUCCUCGUCUACAGCGUUUCCUGCAUGUGUGGACAACGUUGGUGUUGAUCACCAGCAAGCACAAAUACCUAUUGAACACAAAUGAAUGAAUCCUUGCUACUUUUGUCUACACAACAUGCAACUCCACACUGCAAUAGAAAAAUGCGUUCUUGUGCUGGUAUUGUGUUGCUGCUGACCAAAUUAGCCCUGCCAGCACAGUUGUCUAACCAUCCUGAGUGCUCAGCACACAACAUUGCUGUUCAGUCCAACAAGACAGCAUCCGUGUGUGAAAAACGUGGAGCCCUUCACAUUGAGUGCUGGGCACACCCUCUCAAAAGUGCAAAAUGUCAUAUUCAUGACAUAAGCAAGCAAGGCAAUGGUGCACAUCUUGUCAAGGCUUUGCCUCAACCAGCAGAAGAAACCCACCUUGGCCCCACACGAUUGUCAAGAGCAAGAGUGCAGUGAUAAGAACUGGUGAUGGAUAUAUGGUUUAGAAAUGAGUUAUGUACAAGUUUUCACAGCUCCUGGUAGCAUUGCAUUGGUGUGUGGCUUUCAACACUUUGUCAUGGUUCUGUGAUAAUGACCAUAAUGGCUUGAACUGAUUGAUUGGGAGUAGGGGGCUCAACUGCAGGAAAUGGAUGUAACGACAGUAUGAAUAUGCUAGGUGAUAUCGCAACUGGGUGCCACAAAAUUUGGCCGAUAGUUGCAGUUGUGAGGCUUUGCAUACUUAAUUGCUGGCCAGUAGAAAAUUAUAUUGCCUGUGGGGCUUGUGUAAUGCACCACAGCCAUCUUAGCUGUCUUGAUUUAUCAGCAAAUCAUAUGGAGAGACCACAUGUAGGGCAGUGCUCAGCUUGCUUUCUGACUCAUUUUACAAGGAUGUUGCCAGACAGGUUUCAUUGAAAAAUCUAAAAGCAGCAGUUUUGCUAUGAAAAGCACCCAUGAUGUGGUGAAAUAAGAAUGUGCAUUCAUUGUAUGGCAGUCGCUACUUGAUCCCUCAGCAUAAGCUGCAGCUUGGCUAUGCCAUGCCACAAGGUGCAUGCAGUCUUAUACACUUGACAUUUGCUUGUGCGGUUUCUUUUCUACAUCACACUACAUCAUAACUAGCACUAUACUAAAGCAAGUUAGCAUUCACCUGUAUGGCAUGGUCAGCUGUCCUGACAUCUGUGCCUGUGUCACUGUGCAAAUCUAGUCGACAGAACAGUGGCAUGGGCGGAAAGUAUUUUGGUGAGGGCACAGCUGUGUCUUGACGAUGUGCUGUUCUUUAGUGCUUAGCUCCUCUCUGGUCCACUUGUCUGAGAGACUUGGCUUGCCACAGGUAAUCCACGCUAACACGAUUGACCUCCACUGUUACAGACUAUCUGUAGACGUUCUUGGGGUUCAAACAAAAGCACUGGUAUCGACUGAGCUUCAGUCCCUAAAUAUUUCAUGUUGGCUGUUGGCGGGAGUUUUUGAGGUACUGUGAAAGGCGACAAGAGGUUGCAACAUUCACAGCUACUCUUACAGGAUCUUAGUGAAAUUCAAAGGAGUGGCCGAUUCGUAUCUAUAUUUUCUUUAAAGCAAAUAACUUUCUUUAGCUCUUUCGGCCAUUUUCGUUGUUGGUCGGUGGUCAAUAGCCAGUAGUCGGACUCUGCAAGGAAAUUGUUUUUCCUCUCUUGCUCUUUCAUUUGCUCGUUCAUUCGUUCACGCUAUUCGCUUGCAUUGACAAUUAUUGUCUGUGGUUUUGGCACAAUAUUUUUGCUGGAUAUACGUUCUAAGCUAAGGUUCUGUUGCUGAUAGCUCGGAUGUUUUCACUGUAUGUAGGAUGUGAAUUUAAAAUUCUUUGUUAACAAAGGCUAAGCAAGCUUUACGUCAGAAAUUUAUGCGGACACAUAAGAAGCAGCUCUUUUAAGGAGAAGCUUUCUUUGCGAACCCUCCCAGACUUCUCUGAUAAUGGCUGUUGUUGUAUUGCCAAAUAGCUCAUACUUCAACUAGCUUUUUGAGACGAUCACCGCAUUUGUCACUUUGCAUAGCAUGGGUGCGCUAGAGCACAUGCGCGCAUGCCAGUUUCCUUUACACCAAUGAUAUAGGGAUGAAAUGGACAAAUUUAUAACAUUUUAUUAACCACUUCACUUCACAUAUAUUCCAAGAAUUUCAUUGGAUAUGCAUCAUUUUUUUUUCCUCUUUUGUGCACAGUGUAGCCUUUAUUUCCUCCUUUUAGGAAUAACCGCCACAAUUUCUAACUUUCACAGCCUAUAGGUGGCGCAGUUAUACAUCGAACAUUGCAGUCGGUGAAAUGAUUGCAGCGCUGGUGGAAUGUGUAUGUUUGGUGACGAUGGCAUGCUGCAGUUCUUCUCUGGUGUAUGUUAUUGUGUAGGCAGAGAUGCGAUACAAUUUUGUCAUAGCUGAAGACAUUUUGGAGUGGAGGUCAAGUACAUCCAAUUGUAUGAAUGUACUCACGUAAAGCACCUAAAUGCAUAAAAUUGUAAAUACUGCAAAUGCAGCAGCCUGUCACUUCGCCAGCACGAAACCAUUCAUAAAAGUUUGUCGCGAAGCAUGAAAUGAUCACGCAUACGACUCGGUGAGAAAAAUUCUUGGAGACGCGCUUUUCUAUGUUUUGUCUGCACUGCCUUAGCAUUUAGUUCACUUCAGUGUCAGUCGGGGGCUGUCAAAUUCAGCAUGUUUUUGUAUGUAUUUCGAGUUGCGAAGUGAAGAUGAAAAGGACAAAAUGGAGUUUGUGCAUGAAUAUGCAAGCGAAGUAGUCAAAAAGAAUUCUGUUUUGCACUGUGUGACCAAACAAGAAGAGCGGCUCUAGGGGCAUACCUGAUUACCAGCGAGGGCUUUUAUUGGAUUUCCUUGAUCAGGACACAGCGAUAAACCUCUGACAAGAAGUCAGCCAGCAGUGAAAAAAAAACAGUGUAAGGUCAAAAUAGUCAUUUUUAAGAAAUGUUGCCUCUCUUAUCAAUUGUACAUUUCUGGUAUUUGAGCGAUGCAAGAAAAAAGAUAAUGGGGCAGGGAUGAUAAAAAGAGUGCCAUCAGCAAAAGAAAGCAGACAAAAAGAUGAGGAUACAGUGACUGCAGGUGAUGUGAAGGUCAGGGAUAAUGAAAGGUACAUUCCAAGUGCUUGAGACUCUGGAUAAAGCGACAAGUAUUUUGAAUUCAGAACUUUUGUGAUUCAUCUGAGGCACACUGCAUCUAGCAGCCGUGUGUGGCUUUUUUUCUGUCUCGCUCAAAAUUGAUAUUUUUUUCUUUUUUUUUUUACGAUUUGAUGCGCAGUUAGAAAUGUGCUUUCUUUGAGUAUCCCACACCUGUACUAUUUUGCAAAGGCAUUGAUAGGCAAGUUGUGCAUACUUAUUUCUGUGCCUGAAAGCACAGCCGUUGCCCAUUUCGUUGGGGCCGAUCAUCACGUCACUGGUUCACGAGCAAACAGCAUGGUGCCGCCACCGUACCUGAAAGUUGCAAAUAGCAUUGCCAACUAUACUAUUGACACAAGAGACACAUGCAUUAGCACACCCAGAGUGUCAGUCUGGUUUCUGUGUGUGAAUUUUAGGCAAAAAGAUCAUGAUGAUAUUUAAGAGGAUAGCCUCUUAAUUAUAUAUAGUGUAGCAUACUCAACUCUACAUAUGCAUGUGUGUACACACACUUACUUUUCUGCAUGCUCAACCCAAAAUACAACUUCCAGGGAAGGUACACCUCAUCUGUGUGCGACUGAAUGUACGUGCACACAUUGAAUGCUUUACUGGCUUGUGACCUUGUAGUAAACCUUCUGUGCAAUAGAAUUAUGAUAAAAAUGAGCCUUUUGUUAAAAGCAGUGAUAUCAUUGCUUAAAAUGGACCUGUCCAGUUUGUGCUGUUGGGCACCAGCAAACAAAUUUUUCAAGAUGUCAAAACUAAGUCUUCAAUGGCAAUGUAUGUGUGAUAAUGCUGUUACUGAUGGAUACUUAAGUCAAGCUGAAUUAAAACCAUGGAAGCAGUUUUGUCUUUGGAAGCAAUAGACGUAUUUGGCACACCUCGUGCAUCUUUAUCUCGUGGACUCUGAAUUCUGGCAUUUCGCCUGUAAUUUGCAUAGUACAUGCCCUGGAAACUGAUUGUGUGCAUUAAACGAGUGCUGGCUUGGUGGUGGUGAAA